AUUCUAUAUCUCGCUCAAAUUAAAAUUCCAAGCAUUUUCUAAACGCAAAUUAAAAUUUAAAACGUAAUUUCUUAGCUUAAAAAAUUCAAAAAAAAAAAAACGCGCAACACAGAGCAGUUAGAGUUCCUAAUUCUAUUUAAGAACAGAAAACAAAAAAUCAUAAUCACAUAUUUCAUUAUUAUUAACUUUGAUUUUUCAAUUUCUUAUCAAAACAAACCAAUUCGUAAUCCCUUUUAGUAUUUUUUAGGUCACAAUGAAGGAUGAACAAAUAGAAAAUGAAAAACUUGAAGAAGAAAUUAGUGUGGAAGAAGAUAAAUACGGUGGAGUAAUCCUAACCGUUCAAAAGCCUAUGGAUUCUGUUUAUUUUGCUUCUCAAUUGGAACAUUCAAUUUCCCAUUGGAAGCAACAGGGAAAGAAGGGAAUGUGGAUUAAUUUGUCUAUACUACAUUCAAAUCUUGUUGAUUCUGCUGUUAAGGCUGGAUUUAGCUAUCACCAUGCCGAGUCAGAUUACUUGAUGCUUGUAUAUCGGAUCCCUGAUACCACUGUUAGCAUUCCUGCAAAUGCUUCACAUCGUGUCGGUAUUGGUGCUUUUGUUGUCAAUAACAAGAACGAGGUGCUUGUGGUUCAAGAAAUCAGUGGUAAAUUUGGAGGCACGGGUGUAUGGAAGAUGCCUACAGGAGUUGUUGAUGAGGGUGAGGAUAUUUGCGAUGCUGCAAUUAGAGAAGUGAAGGAAGAGACAGGGGUAGAAGCAGAGUUUGUUGAAGUUUUAGCAUUCAGGCAAAGCCAUAAAUCUUUCUUCCAAAAAUCAGAUUUGUUCUUUGUUUGUAUGUUACAACCUCAAUCUUUUGACAUUCAGAAUCAAGCCUCAGAAAUUGAAGCAGCUAAGUGGAUGCCAGUUGAAGAUUAUGCUGCCCAGCCUUUUGUGCAAGAAAAUGAGCUCUUUAAGUUUAUAGCAAAAAUAUGCUUAACAAAGUUGGAUGGCAACUACACUGGUUUUUCUAAUAAAGCUUCUAAAACAACUUCUGGCAAAAAAACUUAUCUGUAUUUUAACAACAAUGCUAACAUGAAGCUUGCUUCGUAAGUCUCCAUGAUCAUUUUAAUAUGAUCUCAUGACCAUUUAUGAUCUUUGUAUUUGUUGUAUAGACGUAUCAUAUAAUGUCCUUUUCAAAAAAAAAAACGUAUCAUAUAAUGUAAAUAGGGAUAGUAUCUCUUAUACUUAAAUGAUCUUUGUAUUUAUUGUAUAGACAUAUCAUAUAUCAUGUAAAUAGGGAUAGUAUUUCUUAUAUUUAAUUUUGUACUUACUGCCUUGAUCCCAUUAUGAAAUCUACAUUCUAUAUUUUUUUUUUAUUUGUUUAUUACACAUUCUAAUAUUUUUACUCUCUGUAAUUCAAACACACGGUUUUGUCAAUAUAAAUUGGG